AUGGACUAUCCGCAAAUCGAAUUCGACAAUCGUGGGGUCUUCUUUCCUGGUUACACAGCCAGCGGAAGAGUGACGCUUCAUCUCUCGGAGCCAAUGAAAGCGCGAAUGAUGAAAAUUGUGAUUGAGGGAAAAGCUCACACGCAUUGGUCAGAAACUGAGAGACAUUCGAAAACAGAUCAUAAUGGAAAAACAGAAACGCAUAGUGAAACUGUUCACUAUUCGGCGACUGUUCCUUAUAUGAAUGGAGAAUGCCUUUUAUGGACAAGUACGGAUGGAAAGAACAAAAUGCCGGUUGGUAAUUACACGUUCCCGUUCACAUUCGCGAUUCCGAUCAACUGCCCUCCGAGUUUCGAAGGAUUUCAUGGUUGUGUUCGGUAUACCGUGAAAGCGGAAAUUGACCGGCCGUGGCGGUUCAACAGAAAAAAUUGCAAACCAUUCUCGGUGAUCCCAUCCUCCGAUCUGAACAUGAUUCCAUUGGCGAUUAAUCCGAUGACAAAUACCAUCAGCAAAAACACCGGCCUCAUUUUCAAAAAUGGUGUUGUCUCGAUGAGAGUUGAUGUGCCGAAGCAGGGUUUCGUGCCCGGGGAAACCAUUCAAAUCAAUGUAUUUAUUGACAAUAACAGCUCGAAACAGGUUACAAUGGCUCGCGCGAAACUAGUGCAAAACUCGACGUACUUUGCCAAACGCGGCUGGUCGUUCUAUCAAGUGGAUCCUUGUGCGAUGACGAACCAUGGAGCCACAUCGGUCAGGCAUGAGAGCAAACAACCUAUUAAUAUUGCUCCUCGCUCCAAAAGUCACGUCUUACUCACAUUGCGAAUCCCAGCUAUUGUCUCUUCUUUCAACAAUUGCCCCAUCAUCUCUGUCAGUUACAAACUACAUGUUCAUGCGGAUACCACUUCGACAUUCAAAGGAAGCCUAUGUUCGGAAUUCCCAAUCAUCAUUGGAACUGUCCCAAUCCGACAAUUCAUCCCACAGACCACUAACUUCGCAUCAUCCGCUCCUCCAGCUCAUCCUUCACAAAUGCCUUCAGCUCCUUCAGCUCCUCCAGAUAUUCCUACUCCAACAGCACCAUCUGAUGACAGCAUUCCUCCGCCGUAUCCUGACGAUCUAAAUAGAGUGUUUUCUCCUGGAAGUACUGUUAGCGGAGAGGUGAUUCUUCAUCUGAAUGAGCCAAUGGCAGCUCGUCUUUUAACUAUUGAGAUUAGUGGAUGUGCGAAUACCUAUUGGACAAAAGUUGUCACACGUGAGAAGAAAACUCAAGAAGGCAAAUCUCAUUUUUACAAUGAGACAGUCCAUUAUAAUUCGAAUGUCAUAUACUUGAAGGAUGCACGGGUUCUAUGGACGUGCCCUGAGAAUUCGAAUAUAAUGCAAGCUGGUCGGUAUAUAUUGCAUUUCUCGUUCUCAAUUCCAUCCGAUUGUCCUCCGAGCUUUGAAGGCGAAUUCGGCUACAUUCGAUAUUCUGUGAAAACAGUUCUCGACCGACCCUGGAGAUUCAACAAGCAAAACUGCAAAGCAUUCACUGUGAUUCCACUGAUUGAUCUGAAUAAAAUACCGUUGACGGCAAUGCCGUUGGUGGGGAAUGCGGCGAUAACCGCGGGAAACAUCAUAUUGAAGAAGGGAAUCGUUUUGAUGAGAGUGGAAGUGCCGAAGAAUGGAUUCGUGCCGGGAGAAUCGAUUCAGAUUUCGAUUCACAUUGAGAAUAAUUGUAGGAAACGAGUGGUUCUGGCUCGAGCGACUCUCACGCAGAAGGCAACAUAUUUCGCGGAGCUCACGAAAGUGAAAAAUCGACAUACGUCGCAGUAUAUGAAACCUCACAAGCGCGAAGAGCGUCGGAUGGUAACAGAAAGCCAACAACCUAUCAACAUCAUGCCGCAUUCCAGAGGUCACUUGAAGAUGUCGCUUCGAAUCCCGUCAGUUUCUCCCACAUUCACCACAUGCUCAAUAAUCACUGUUGAAUAUGAGCUACGUGUUUACGUCGAGAGCAAUGCGAAACACCAUCGAAGGAUGCACUUGGACUUGCCGAUUCUCAUUGGAACUGUGCCAAUAACACCAAACCCAAGGAAGAUUGCGCCGAAUUGCCGAUUUAUUCAAGGUCCAACGCCAACCUACGAGGAAUCGAUAUUUGGACCAUCAAAAGUUACUCCAAAAAUAAGAAAUGUUGAGGUUUGA